UGUAGUCAGUGGGGUGCUUGCCUAAAUCAGAGCACAGAAAGCAAGUCCAAGGCCUUCCGCUGUCCUCUUUGACGGCGACUCCCUCCCGCUCUACAAGAUCCAGGCGUCCUGGAACGGAAGUCCACUUCCCCGCUGGGAUCCGAACACCCGGAGCAGCUCCGGCCCCCGACCACGUGUUCCGGCAAACUUGCCGCCGGUCAGCGUGGGAGGCCGAGGUGACGCGAAGGUGAACCCGAGGUGGGCGGGGCGGCGGAGCUCGCUCUCGCGAGACUUAGCUGCGGGGGCGCGGGGCUGGAGAGGAGGACGCGGCGGGCGGCGCUUCCUCGGCCGCUCGGCCUCCACUCCGCCGAGCCAGCCGAGUCCAGGUCUUCCACUUCCGCCCCUCCGCCGGCCGCUGGGAGUAGCGAAGCCAAAGAAGUCGCGGGCGCCCCGCCGCUGGCGCGCGUCCUCCCUCCCUCCCUUUCUCCCUCACUCCCUCCCCUUUCUUCUGAUUCAAGCCCGCCGUCCCAGGCUUCGCUCUGCCGAGCCCGCAGUCCACGCCGCGGCCGACAUGAGCUUCUUGUUUGGUAGUCGCUCUUCUAAAACUUUUAAACCAAAGAAGAACAUACCAGAGGGGUCUCACCAGUAUGAACUCUUAAAACAUGCAGAAGCCACACUGGGCAGUGGCAAUCUGCGGAUGGCUGUCAUGCUUCCUGAGGGAGAGGAUCUGAAUGAGUGGGUGGCAGUUAACACUGUGGAUUUUUUCAAUCAAAUCAACAUGCUUUAUGGAACCAUCACAGACUUCUGUACAGAGGAGAGCUGUCCCGUGAUGUCAGCUGGACCAAAAUAUGAGUAUCACUGGGCAGAUGGAACAAACAUAAAAAAGCCCAUCAAGUGCUCUGCACCGAAGUAUAUUGAUUACCUGAUGACUUGGGUUCAGGACCAGCUGGAUGAUGAGACAUUAUUUCCAUCAAAAAUUGGUGUUCCAUUCCCGAAGAAUUUCAUGUCAGUGGCAAAAACAAUACUCAAACGGCUCUUCAGAGUUUAUGCCCACAUUUAUCACCAGCAUUUUGACCCUGUGAUCCAGCUUCAGGAGGAAGCACAUCUCAAUACGUCUUUCAAGCACUUUAUUUUUUUUGUUCAGGAGUUCAACCUCAUUGACAGACGAGAGCUGGCACCACUGCAAGAACUGAUUGAAAAACUCACCUCAAAGGACAGAUAAAAGGAUGCCAAGCUGUGCAGACUCUUCUUCAUAUGGAGCUGUGUAUAGUGUAGUUGGCUUUGUUAUAUUUCAUUUUUAUCUAGAUUGUUUCUAUUGUAGGUUUUGGGGCUUGCUUGGGUUCCCUUUUCUGAAUAUAUAAAAUCAUAUUCUGUUGCUAGAGGAAGCUGAAAACCAUUCUUGACAUUUGAAAAGGGCAAAUUUUGUCUUAGUGGUAUACAGUAUUUUUUUUUCUAUUUUAUUUUUAUUAAUAACCUGGUUUUGGUUACUUGAGGAAUUUUUAUGAUAUUUUACGCUGGAAACAAAUGCAAACUGACUGAAGUGCUGAUGGACUGGGUACUGUGUUAUGUAAACUGUGGCCUACUUUGAAGUCCCUAAAAAAGACUUACGUGUUUUUAAGUGCCUUGAUAGGCUCACUUCUGAGGUGCAAAGCACAGAUAGAGGACUGAACAGAGCUUGAAACAAUAUUAGAAUUUCUAUGUAGGGCACUCACUUGUGCAUGUUAUAAAGUAAUCUGUUAUAAAAGCCAUAGUUUACUCAGAUUGAUGAUCUCCAGCUUUUACUAUGUUGAAAAAGACAUCAUUUGUAAAGGUGUGCAUGUAGAACACAAAUACAAAACAACAAAUUAUUUCUUAAUUAUUUUUGACAUAAUUUGUAAAGGUGUGCAUGUAGAACAUAAAUGUAAAACAACAAAAUUCUUAAUUAUUUUUGAUAUUGAUCAAUAUAUUCUGUUCAACAGCUGUUUAAAGUUCUACAAGCAGGUCUUUUUCCAUCUCUUAAUAUCUGUGAUAUUGAAAUUUGAGGAUGUUGAAAUGUAAUAGAUACUGCAUUUCAGCUUCUUUCUACAUGUAAGUGCACUCUAAGUGUAAAACUUCAGGUUAUAUAUAGAAUCGCCAUCUUUAGAAAGGAUGUUGAACUGUGAGGUUUCCUAGCAGUUGCCAAAUGAGCCGUAAGUGCAGAAUCCCUUUGUACUUCAAAGAGGAAAGGAAAAAUGAGACCUGUCACGGCAGGCAUUAGUUUGGGAAAAUAGAGAGAGGAUUAGUGAAUUCUAGAAAGUCCUGUUUUAAAACCCUGGGAUAGAAUAGUAUCUAUUACUUACAGUCUGGGAGACUCUUUUAGAGAUCAGCUUCCAUGAGAAGUUAAACACAAGUAAUUAGUUUUAGGUACAGACAUUAAACAUGGAAUUUAACAACUAUUUGGGGGAAAUUAAUCACUUUUUAGCAUUUCCAUUCAGUGAAUGGAGCUGGUAUUUGCCUGUCAUUUUAAAUGAUACACUACCUUGAUUAUUGGUGCAGUUUGAAGUAUCCUGACUUCUUAUUUUUCCACUGUGAGAAAUCUUUUUUCUUUGUAGUGAUAUCAAGUAAUGAAAAUGUUAGUUCAGUAGUUAAUAAAUUUUAAAUAUUAGUUGAGAUGACAUCCUGUUAAAUUAUUAUUAUCAAUGACAGGUUCAGGGAUCUGGGUUUUAGAAUAAUACUGAGGUUCUCCCUCUUUCAGUUUUGUUCUCAGUUUCUCAGUAACUCUUUCAGACUUUGAGUUUUAAUUUUGUCAGUUUGGAUAAAUCCGCUUCUCUCAAUUUUCUCUCUUUCUAGUUAGAGACAUGUACUUCCAAACUUGUAAACUUGAAAUUCUUGCUGUGAAUUUGCAUACAAACACUUAAUGGAAAAGAAUCUAAAAUGAAAUGAACAAGUGGACAGUGAUACAAUUGGAUGCCCUUGCAAUUAUGAUCACUAGGAACUGCCUUUUUCUCCACUUGAUUUCUAUAAUGGCAAUUACGUACAAAGUACCAAUAACAAAAGGAACACAAGAGCUCGGAAAAGGUAGAUAAGACUGGGCAUUUAUUAGUAAUGCUUAUUUAUGAACUGACAGGUAGCUGAUUUCUUUAAAAUAUUUUUUUUUAGUAUCUAAAUAGAUAAUAUCAACCAUUAUGGGUUGGUUCAGAAUUCUGAUGUUUGAUUCCUCUCUAUACAGGAAAGGAAGCACAUAAUUACUCACUAAAAUGGUCUUCUGAAAUAUAUGACUUUCUGUCACCCCUGUAACAGGGUCCUCCAUAGCAGUAGCAUGUAGAGAGAGGAUUAAGAGGUUGCUUCUGGUCCUUUAAGCCUUACGUAUAGUACACUGUCAGAAUGGAAACCAGUCCUAGAACCCGUGCUUGACAGUAGGAUGUACCACUUCGUGUGGAUAGCAGCAGUUUAUGUGCAUGGUGCCAGAAUCUCAGAUGCCACGCUUUCAAGUCAGCACUGAAGCUUUGCGAAAUAAGGAGACGUGUGUGUCUAUAUGGUGAGAAAGAGUAGAUGUUUUCCUGGGAAAAGGCCUGGCAAUUGUACGUGGUGGUGGGUGGCUAUAACUAAAGAAACACUAGGAUACAAGAGAAAGUCAGUCUAAUAAAAAUUUGCUUUGAGAGUAAAAUACCACCCCACCCCCUUUUGGUUUUUCAAGACAGGGUCUCUGUGUAGCUCUGGCUGUCCUGGAACUCACUCUGUAGACCUAGCUGCUAUUGAACUCACAGAGAUCCGCCUGCCUCUGCCUCCCAAGUGCUGGGAUUACAGGCAUGCACCACUACCGUCCAGCAAAAUGACGUUUUUAAGUAAGGAUCAAAGUCUGAUUUUGCAGGAGAGCUUGCUUAUAAAUGUUUCUUCGGUUCUUCUCAGAACUGUUAAUUUAGAAAUAAAUAAUUAUCCCUUUUUAUUUCUUUCCUUAAUUUUUGAGACUGGGUCUCACUGUGUAGCCCUGGCUUAUAGACUAAGUCUCAAACUUAAAGAGAUCUGCUUGGCUCUGUACCCUAAAGCUGGGAUUAAAGGUAUGCACCACAGUACGUGGCUACCCCACUUUUUAUACAGUUAUAACAGUGCGAGCUGGUUUUCCUUAUUCUUUCAAAGCUCAUCCCAUACAAUUGAAUUAUCAUUACAUUUGUUAUUCACAUUGCUUUGGUUAAAUGUGGACAUGAUGAAGCAAGAUUUAGGAAUUAUUUAGCUGUCAGAGUAGUGGUGGUGAAGAGAAAUUGACCGAAUGAAAUGUUUGUCAUUAGCAGUAGGUAGUACAGCUGGCCUUGUUCAUUUGCUGACCUGGUUUUUCCAUGUCCCAUAGAAGCCAUGCUAUUAGACUGCCACAGACAGAAAGCACAUGUGCGGUGGUGGCUAUGGAGUGUUAUCUACCUUAAAAUGAAAGAUUUUUAGAUUGUUGCCUCUUUUUAACUCUGUUUUGCUAGUCUUUGUAAACUCCAAAUGGUCAACAUAAAGUUAAGCAGAGUAUAUUUUAACAUGUAUUUCAGACUGAGUUACUACCUGGAUUAUCAGGAUAGUUGAAGCACUACAAUCUGUUAUCAGAAAAUGGAAAUAUGGAUAUUUAUAUUUUGCAUAUUUCAUCAUUAGAUUCCAUUUUAUAUAAUGAGCAUUUUCCUUGCUUAUGGGGAAAGAAGCAAAACAACAGAUUUCUUUUAUAGCUUUGUCUACAUCCUCUCUGAGAGAGAUUUUGAUAACCACUGAAAUGGUAGAUUAUGUAAGAUACAAAUACUAAGUUGUCACACUGCCUUUUAAGGUGAGCAUGAUGUACUGUAACACCCAGAUGAGAGUUGACCUUCAAAGUAGUUCUCUUUGGAGCAGAGUAUAUUUCUGCUCUUUUGCAAAGUAUGUUUCUGGAAUUUUGUCCCAUGUCAUAGGUGCUUUGAGAAUUGACUUAACGACUAUGUAAAGAAAAGUCAACUUCUUCUUUUUAGUUGCACAAAAACAAUUUUUGAAGUUUAAUAGACCUACAUUAACUACCAAACUACACUCACUAACUUGGCUAUUUUCCGAGAACCAAGGCAGUGUAGAAAGCAAGAGUAUAUUUUAUGCUCUAAAUCUGCUGAGACGAGGGCACAGAUACUGACUGCAUCACAGAAAUAUAGGUUCCUGAUGGUACUAUUGGAAGGCAGAACCAUUAUUUACAUGUGAAAACUUUUUUUAAUUACUUUGUAUUUAUAUAAAGUUUUAAAACCAAGGUCUUUCUCUAGAACUUGCUGUUUCUUCCCUUCUCCCGUCUCCCCUAGAACUUGUGGAUUGUGUUUGGAUAGUUUCGAUUGAGAGGAUAGUAUGGGAAAUGGAUCCAGUACUUACAGCAGCAGUUUAAAGAGGCAAGGCCUUUGUGUGUCUCCAUUGCUUUAUAGGUUGUUUUGAACAAGUUUUUCUUUCAAUUUGUCUUUAAUGAAAGACUGGAGAUUGAUGUACAGGAAAAUUAGAAAUAAUUUAUUAUUAUGCCAAAUUUUAGCCUAUCAUUAAUACUGUUUAAAAAUAUUUAAGUAUUCAGCACAUGUCAUUAAAUUCUGAUUGUCUUUUGAAAAUAUACUGGACCAGAAGUUUACUUGUAAUUUGGAAUGUGAUUGCAUACUAGGAAAACAUCUUAUUUUGAAACUUACUUGAUAUAAUAAGGAACAUCCAGUUACACACUCAGCUCAGUCCUUAUGCACCGCUCCAAAUGCACCUUACACCUUGUUCUUCUGCGGUGUUGUGUAGAUGACCACUGCUGCUCCCAGUGAUUGUAUGUGAGCUGAGGAAUGGUUAGAGCGCUGUUUCCAUAUUUAAUAGGGAAGUUCAGUGUUAACAAAUAUGCAAAGAAUUCUGAAUGCAAGUGGUUUGAAUUUUUAAGGCUUCCCUAGGUAGUAAUAACUCCCUAAGUUAUUCUAUGAGCAUUCAUGUUGAAGGUAUAGGACUGCUGUCUGUGACUCACAGUUGGAUUUGUUUGUUUUGUAUUGUGACAAAAGAGAAAAAAUACAAUGAGGUGGGCCACCUUUUAUGUGUGGUACUAGCUCCUCCCCUUCCCUCCCUCCCUCCCUCCCUCCCUCCCUCCCUCCCUCCCUCCGUUUUUCUUUUACAUGUCGUGCUACACAGUAGAAAACUUUGGGAGAAAUUCUCAGACAGGCAGGAAGCGAAAUCACUGGCCUUUAAGAUUUGUGUUUUCCCACUCACAUCUGUGUCGUGUGCACACAUAUACCCUGCUCACACGCACUCAAGGCUGAGUUUACAGUUCACCAUUGGUAGAGAUUCAUACAGGUUUUCUUUUGUUUGGUUGACAGUUUCUUUAUGUUACCACAGCUGCAGUUAUUGGUGAUAUAAUGUGAUAAUUUCUUAAUAUCUCUUUCAUAAUUAUUCCUUUAUGGAAUUUCUUAAUACUUUUGCACAAAUUUGAGUUUUAGUUUUGAUUUUGAAAUAGUUAAAAUAGGUUAGUGUAUUUUCAUUUGAGAACACUUUCCUCCCUUAAAUUGUCCUGCAGAAAUGGCUAUUUUUUAGGGAAAAUAGUUUUUUACAGCUACUAAACUGUAUUUGUUAUUUUUGUAUAUGCAUAACCAGGGUGGUGAGAUCACUAAUAUUUUACGAAAUACCUUUGUUAUAUUUGAUUUUUUUCCUAUACAUUUAAGUUAUUACUUAAAAUUAUUGAUAGAAAUAAUGUUGUAAAGACAACAUAUAAGGAAUACUUAAAGUCAGAGUAGAAAUCAUUUCUGAAGACAAAUCAGAAAUGCUGCCAGUGCCAGGUAAUGGAAGCAGAAGGCAGCAUUCACAUUGUGCAAUUGCUUAAGAUAUGCACAGAGACAAGAGUCCGUUCUCACGGGGGACAGGUUCUCUAGUAAGGUAGUUAGAUGGUACAAAAUGGUCUAAAAUAGGAAAUGCAACGGAGGCGCCAUAUUGUAAAUUGUGCCAAGAUGAUGCAAAUUGUAGUUAUUGAUCAAAGCUGUUUCACUGUUGUUAUUUUAAAGGAAAUAUUGAAUGUCAGAAAAUCUGUAAUAUGUUUUAUUUGACAGAUGUAAAUAAUGUAUACAGUCUUAUAUGUGGCAGAAUGGGAGGUAUUUAAUUUUAGGUUUUUUUUUUUUCUUUAGAAGAAAAUGUUUGUAAGGAAAAAAACCCUAAUAAAUACUUUUGGUUAGCCAUGAAUCCUGA